AUGAAUGAACUUUCAAUAUUCUUUUAUGGAGAUUCAAAUCUUUAUGGUAUUGAAGCUGUGACUUAUAAACGUUAUUCUUCCAAAGACAGAUUUUCUAAUAUUGUAAUUGAACAAUUGAAAAAAGAAUUUACAAAAGUCAAUUGUAUUGUUGAUGGAAAACCUGCUCGUUCAUUAAAAUAUGAAAACAUACCAUUUGGUAUUACUAAUGGGUUAAAAGAAUAUGAUCAAUUCUUAUUAAAGAUUACCUCCAAUCCAUUUUCAACAAACAAAGUAUUAGUCCUUGCAUUAUGUAUUAAUGAUAUUCUUUCAAAAGCAACUUCACAACAAGUUAUUGAUGCGUUACAACAAUAUAUCGAAAAUUGGAAAUCUACAGUAAAUCCAGUGAUUGAAGAAUCAUUGAAAUUUGUUCAUCAAUUAAAAAGUGUUGUUGAAUUAUGGAAAAAGCAAGAAAUAAUAGAUGGGUUUGUUGAUUUAGAUGGGAUGAGUGUUGGAGAAGAUGGUGUUCAUUUCACAUCAGAAGCACAUCACCAAAUUGCAGAAAAGUUACUUUUAGUUCUUCAUGAAGUUUUAAAUUGA